AUCUAAAUUUUCAGUUUUUUGGUUUUUAUUGAUGGGUAUUUUGUGAAAUAUUUUAAACACUUGUGAGAGAAAUCACUGAGAGAUGACAACUGCUGCAAGACCAACAUUUGAUACUGCUAGAGGAGGAUCUAGUAGAGGAGAAAGUGAUUUGGGAAAAUUAUCAAAACAAUAUUCAAGCAGAGAUUUACCAAGCCAUACCAAGUUGAAAUAUCGUCAAGAAGGACAGAAUGCACCUGAAGACAUCCACGCUCGUGAUUUCAGACGCGAGUUGGAUGACAGAGAAAGCAGAAGCUAUAGAGAGAGAAAUGAAAAGAGGUCGUCAGACAGAACAUCCCGGGACUCACACAAACGACAAAGAUUAAAUCAAAUUCCAGCGGCUAAUCUUGACGCCGAUGAUCCAGCAGAUACAGAUAGCGACAGUGAUUCAGAUUCGGAAGAUGAUACCGCUGAAUUACUAGCAGAAUUGAAUAGAAUCAAGAAGGAAAGGGCAGAAGAAUCAGCAAAGAAGGAACUAGAAAAGAAAGAGGAAGAAGCACGGAUACGAACAGAAAAUAUUUUGAGUGGAAAUCCUCUAAUGAACGUGAAACGUGGGGAAUCAAAUUUUGCUGUCAAGCGGAGAUGGGAUGACGAUGUCGUAUUCAAGAACUGUGCUAGAGGCGAACCCGACAAAACACAAAAACGAUUUAUAAAUGAUACAUUGAGAUCAGAGUUUCAUAAAAAGUUCAUGGAUAAAUACGUUAAGUGAUGAUGAGUAGUGAGGAAAAGAAAUCGAAUGUGGACUUUAUUGCACACCAAACUAUCCGAAGAUGUUCGUUUUCACUUGUACAUUGACUGUCGUCCCUGAUCAAGUCGUCCACGAUCUCUCUCCCGGUCUAUUUUUUCCAAUUUUUCGAAAUGCUUUCGAGCGUUUCUGAUGUUGAUCAGAGUCAACUCAGGAGCUGAAAAAAAAAAUAUAUGGUCCUUCCAAUAAUGGAACUGGGAAAGACAUUGAUUAUGUUGUUGCAAUGAAGACGAAACUUUACUUACGAAUUGAUGUAUCUGAGGUCACCACCAUAACAUAGGUGUUUGUUGUAAACAUUUCAAUGAAUGCUGCAUAGUCCUUGUUCUUUACUUCCAUACAUCUCAAAGAUGCUGCUACUUUGCUAAAAACAAAGCAAAGCGUACAUUUAUAUAGCAUUAAGUCACUGCCAAAAAUCAAUUACCGGUAAGUCUAAUUAUCACAGCAUGUGAGUGUCAUCUUACCUGCAGCUUAGUUUGAACUGUUUGAUGAUAUUGCUGAUUUUUUCAAACCUGUGUAUAUCGCUGUGUUCUUUUCUCUGGUGAUAAGAUAUUA